AUGCUGCAUUCCAACAAUACACAGUUCCACCCUCCCUCCUUCCUUCUGGUGGGGAUUCCAGGGCUAGAAGAUGUGCACCUCUGGAUUGGCUUCCCCUUCUUUGCAGUGUAUCUGAUAGCGCUCCUGGGGAACAUCACUAUCCUAUUUGUGAUCCAGACUGAACACAGCCUCCACCAACCCAUGUUUUAUUUCCUGGCCAUGUUGGCCUGCACUGACCUUGGCCUCUACACAGCCACCAUCCCCAAGAUGCUGGGUAUUUUCUGGUUCAAUCUCAGGGAGAUUGGGUUAGGUGCUUGCAUCACACAGAUGUACACUAUCCAUAUAUGUACUGGCCUGGAGUCUGUGGUGCUGACGGUCAUGGCUAUAGAUCGCUAUAUUGCCAUCUGCAACCCCCUGAGGUAUAGUAUGAUCCUCACCAAUAAGGUGAUAGCUAUCCUGAACAUUGUCAAUGUCAGGACCUUGGUGUUUGUGACUCCAUUCAUAUUUCUCAUCCUGAGAUUGCCUUUCUGUGGUGCCCGGGUUAUCUUGCACACCUACUGUGAACACAUGGGCUUGGCAAAGUUGGCUUGUGCCAAUAUUAGGGUCAAUAUUGUCUAUGGCUUGAUUGCUUUUUCAGUAGGAUACAUUGAUCUUUCUGUGAUUGGGUUCUCCUGUUUCCAAAUCCUCCGAGCAGUCUUCUACCUCCCCUCCUGGGAUGCCCGGCUCAAGGCACUCAGCACAUGUGGCUCCCAUGUCUGUGUCAUGUUAGCUUUCUACCUGCCAGCCCUCUUCUCCUUCAUGACACACCGCUUCGGCCACAACAUCCCUCAUUACACCCACAUUCUUCUGGCCAAUCUGUAUGUGGUUGUUCCCCCUGCUCUUAUUAACCCUGUUAUCUAUGGGGUCAGGACGAAACAGAUAAGAGAACGUGUACUAAGGAUGCUUAACCCUAAAAGCUAUUGA